CAAUGUACAUUACAGUUUUACGUAGACCACGCGGACGUCGUGAUGAAGUUAUUAAGUACCUACUGCACGUCCGCUAAAUAAAAAUCGAUACAAAUUUGAGUUUGUUUGUCUUGCCAAUGCCGAGUUUAGGUGUACUACUCUUUGUUGCGACACAAUCGACAGUCUGAACUGGUGUCUUUUUAAGUGUAUCCGAGUGCCAGUUAGAUUAAGAAGAUUUACCGAUUGAAAAAUAAUUUUUCAAAAUGUGGAAAUUAUUGAAUGGCAGCAGAUGUUUUGUGCCACGAUCCUUAACACGCCAAUACAGCAGUACUGCGAUCUCAACAUCGGAGUAUAAACGGGAAAUGCAAAAAUUUCAAGGUGUAUACCCCAGCAUUAUUGAUACCCUUAAGAAGAAUCCAGCCUUGGCUAAAAACCCAGAGUCCAUGGACUGGUUAAAAACGAUUUUCGAAUAUAACCUUAAAGGAGGCAAAAAAGUUAGAGCGAUGACGACAUUAUCAGCAUACAAAACAUUACAGACACCAGCCGACAUCACUGACGAAUCCCUACAUAUGGUACAGGUUUUAGGCUGGUGCGUCGAAAUGGUACAGGCAUAUUUCCUGAUGGCGGACGAUAUUUUGGAUCGAUCUUCGACACGGAGAGGUCAACCAUGUUGGUAUUUAAUACCGAAAGUUGGGACUCAAGCCGUGAAUGAUUGCAGCCUUCUUUUGGGUGCAGUGUACGAAAUCUUGAAGGAGUACUGUGGAAAAUUGCCAGUGUAUAACAGUAUAGUACAUUUAAUUAACGAAUCCAUAUUCUACACAUCCAUCGGACAAAACCUCGACUACACAAUGGCUCGUCGCAAUGACUACACACUGUAUACUCUGGAGCGAUAUACGAACAUAGUCACAUAUAAAACAGCAUACUACACUUUCAAGUUGCCGGUAUUCCUAGGAUUGUACCUAGCCUCCGAUGUGCCUCAGCAUUCGCAUAAAACGUCUGAACAAAUCUGUUUGGCUUUAGGAUUCCUAUUUCAAAUGCAAGACGACUAUAUCGAUUGCUUUGCUUCUGAAGAGGCAACGGGCAAGUUGGGCUCCGACAUUCAAGAAGGUAAAUGUACAUGGUUAGCCGUGCAAGCUCUUAAGAUUUCAACUCCCGCGCAGCGUGUAACCUUCUUAGCGAACUAUGGAAGGCACGAGAAGGAUCAAGUCGUGGCCAUCAAGAUGCUUUACAAAGAGCUCGACUUGCCUGCGCUUUAUUAUCAAGAGGUGGCAAAGUGCAAGAAGACUAUCCUAGAUAUCUCUCAACAACUCGAUAUUCGAACCAAUGCAUUAUUUGAAAAUCUCGUGGAUGAUGUAUUAAAGCACCACCAAAAUCGUCCCCAGUCAUCCUAAGUAUGACUAAUCAUAUCAUUAUCAUGCAUAGUUUAGAGUACAUAAUAAAUCAUUGUUUACUAA